AACAGAAAAACCAAACCAUUCAAACGCAGUACACGCAGCAAAUUUCUCCGAGAUAAACGUCUCGUCAAAGACGUGAUGAUUUUCUACAAAUUACUUUGUAUUCCGCCCAAUUUCGAAAUAUUUAUGACAGGCGUAUAUACCUGCUGGUGUCUGUGCUCUAGGGACAUUUUAUCGAUUCACCAUUUACUGGACAAAACGGAUGCGUGUUGGUCAACAAAUGGUUCCGAGGAAAAAAUUUUCGUCACAUUCUUGAAAUACUCCGUCGUAUCCCUUCACAUUUUCCAAUUCAUUCUCGCUUAUGCCAUGUUAGCAGCCGGAGCGUUGACAAUAUAUCCGAUUCUAUUCAACAGAUCAGCUAAGCUACUAAAUCCGAUAAUCGUAGCGUGCACGCUACGGCAACUGUAUUCCAAUUCAGUGGCCAUUAUUCUCGGUGCAUUGUUGUGCUACUUAAGCGGAAGCAAUUUCCAGGAAUUUCAAUGCUUUUUCGGAAGAUUUUUGGUCAAUACGAUCGUGUCGUAUUAUAUCACAUGCUCUUACAAGGACUUUCAACGGUACAUUCGGCGAGGAACAGCAUUUGUGGCUUCUCGAGAAGCUCAGCGAAAUUACGUGUCCAACAGACCAGCAAUAUGCGAGACUAGAAGUGAGAAUAGCUUUGUCACCGAUUGGAACUAUCGUUCCGGAAAGAAAUUCAUGGACCGAACGGUGUCGUCUCUUGGACAGAACAAGACGUUGCCGUCAGUGUCGAGUAUUCCGGAAGAUAUCGACUCAUUGCUAUCUACAUCCUCGAUACCGACUAUGGCAACCAGUAAGUCGAAGGAAAUUUUUCAAAUCAAUUUAAUUCAACGCAAAACCAAAGCCGACCUUUUAUCGUUUACGAUUACAAAGCAAGCAAAUUAAAUCAACGACUUGGACU